AUGUCUGUCGUGGGUAAGACGGAUUGGCAUAAAUUGCCUGUUACUCUAGGGGAGCUUUGUAUCAACACCACCUUGAGAUGUGGGCAGUCUUUCAGAUGGCAAAAGAUUAACCAUGAAUGGACCUGCACUUUGCAUGGUCGACUUCUUCACUUGAAGCAAGACUCAACUCAUCUACACUAUCGGGUCACCUUUCCAGCACCCAAACCUUUGACGCGAGCACCUAACAACACAGAGGCUCUCCUAAGGCACUAUUUCAACCUGGAUACUAGUCUCGAACCGCUGUACAAACAAUGGUCAGAUGCUGAUGCCAACUUUAGAAAGAGGGCUCCCCAAUUUAAAGGGGUUCGAAUUCUCGGUCAAGAUGCCUGGGAGACAUUGAUAUGUUUUAUCUGUAGCAGCAACAACAAUAUCACGCGGAUAUCACAAAUGGUGCACAAGCUGUGUCAGAAUUACGGUCCCCUCAUUGCAUACAUGGGUGACGAGCCAUUCCAUGACUUCCCAUCACCUCAAGACCUUACAGGAGAUGAUGUUGAAUCGCAUCUUCGAGAAUUAGGCUUCGGAUAUAGGGCAAAGUACAUUGCUGAAACAGCACGGAUGGUUGCCAACGAGAAGCCUGAAACCUGGUUGGAAAGCCUCCGAAAUCCUGACCUACCAGGCUUCAACACAACGCCUGUACCGAAGGAGAAGCAUGCGAGCUACAAGGAGGCACUUGCGCAACUACUCACUCUGAAAGGGGUUGGUCCCAAAGUUGCCGACUGUGUAUGCCUCAUGGGCCUCGGCUGGGGAGAGGCAGUUCCUGUCGACACCCAUGUUUGGCAGAUCGCUCAGCGAGACUACAAGUUUGGAAAAUCAAAGGCCAAGACAAUGAACAAGGCCACUUAUGAGGCUGUUGGGGACCACUUCCGAAGCCUCUGGGGGCCGUUUGCCGGCUGGGCUCACUCAGUUCUCUUUACCGCUGAUUUGAGAGAGUUUGCAGCUCAGGCUGCAAAAGAAGAGGACGAGCCUACUGUGAUCAAACUGACGGCGCAUGGUUCCACAGAACAUACCAGAUCAAAAACAAAGAAGACUAUCACGAUUACCGACAGUGAUACAUUGGUAAAGGAAGAAACACCAGUCAUUGAACCCACGGAUGAGCAAGGGUUGGAGGAGGUCAAACAGAUGAGAAGGUCAAAACGGGUGCGCACUUCGUAA